AUGGUCAGCAGAUUUGCAAAACCAGUUCCUGUUUUGUGUAUGGUAUCGAACAUAGUGCUCAACUAUAUCUUCGCUCUGCAUCAUCACAGAAUCACAACCUGGAAUAAUUCCAUCCUGAGUCCAUUUGCUAUCCAACAAUACUUUGAUGCUGUGUCUGACUAGGGUGCUGCCCUUAACAACUGUUUUGGGUUUGUGGAUGGAACUGUUCGCCCGAUUUGCAGGCAGGGGGAACACCAACGGCUUGUUUAUAACGGGCACAAGAGGGUACAUGCCCUAAAUUUUCAGGCUGUUGCUCUUCCUAAUGGGCUUACUGGACAUUUGUUCGGCCCUGUGGGUAAGUCUAGUUAUUCCUACAGUCUCUUUUGUUUUUGGUUUUAAGACACCAGUUUUGGCUUAGAAAAAUUUAUGAGUUGAACAAUUGAUUUUUCAGAGGGAAAGAGGCAUAAUGCUGCCAUGUUGGCGAACUCUAAUUUUCUCACCGCUUUGGAGCACAAUGCUGUAUCCCCAACUGGCCAACAGAUGUGCAUAUACGGAGACCUGACCUAUCCUUUAAGGGUAAAUCUCAUGGCACCGUUCAGAGGGGCCGCCCUGACAGCGCAAAUGGAAGCCUUCAAUGAUUCUAUGUCGAAUGUGCGUACCUCAGUCGAGUGGUUGUUUGGAGACAUUGUGGAGUAUUUCAAGUUUAUGGACUUUAAAAAAACCUUGAAAUAG